UUCUGACGUCAUCACGUUAGGACUAUUGCCAAACAGAGGAAGCACGAAAAAAAAAGCCACGUUGACGGUUCGUGGCUACUCAGAAGACAAAGUCAGCCUAACUAUAGCAAAAGGGAGAUUUGAGGGAAAACUUUCAACUAAACGAACUUAUAAACAUGUCAUCGCCACCAAAAGAGAAAACGGAAACAAAAGCUGGACACCUCCCUGCUGUAAAAGCAGGUGGGAUGCGAAUAGUACAGAAACAUCAGGGAGCUGGAGAACAGAACCAGGAAAAGGACAAAGACAGCAAAGAAUAUGAAAGCAGCAGUCCACCUAAACCGACUCUGGUAAUUUCUGGUGCAGUUACAAAGGGUGAUAAAGAUUUCCCUCCAGCAGCAGCCCAGGUCGCACAUCAGAAACCCCAGCCAUCCGUGGAGAAGCUGCCCUCAGCCCAUCAAAUCAAUCAGCACAUCCACCAGCCACGCAAGUGAACCAACAUCCAAGAGUCAGCCUAGAAUCCAUUCCAGGAGAACUUUGUGUCGGCAUGUUUGCACGUACAAGGAGCACACACAAAAUCAGCUUUUCUAGAUGUUUCAACUCUUGACAUUCCAUUAGAUUUUUUAAUUAUAUUUGAGGGUACUUGGUAUUCUGUAUAUUACAGUUUAUUGAAAGCAUGCAUGCCAUCAUGCUCUGGUUUUACCCGUGCUUUGUAGGGGAAUGAAUAGAAAUCUGUUUUCCUUUUGCAUGUAAACAGAUGUGGUACCUUUCAAGAAACAGGAUAAAUCAAAGCAUAAAUGUUGAUUUUAAAGGUGAAGACUGUGUUUUUUCUUCUCCGUGAAAAAAAAAAAAAAUCUUUAAGUAAUUUAUCCUUUUUAUGUAAUGUAAUCUCUUUUGGAAAAUGUGUCAAGAAUUGGUGUAAACAAAUUUGAUGAUGUCAGUGAUUAAUGGAUUUGAAAUAAACAAUGGUGGCUAUACUUUGUCUUAUUAACAAGUCUUGUUAUUAGAACUGAAAAAAAUAAUAGUACACACUUGUAAUUUUUGUUGAGCAUAGCAGGUUAAAUGUUUUUAGUUUUAGUUUUUGGCCAAAAUGACAGUACCUGUAAAUGAUACCUAGAGUGCAAUGUUCUCUGUGCUUGUCUCACAAACUUUAGGCGGAAAUCCAAGCCCAUAGUGGGUUGGGAGAUGCCAAAGUCGAUGUCCGCUUGCCGGCUCCAGCAACAUUCAACAACAAACCAAGACACGAACAAUUCAGUAAUAUUGCUUCAUUCACAUAUCUGGCACUGUCCAUAUAAACUACAAACUAUAAGGAGUUCUAAAAUGUAAAAAUGUAUUUGUUUAAAUAAAAAUAAAUUAUGUAUGUGAUCCUACUAUUUUCCUAAAACGUUUCUCAGUGGAACAGUACAAGACAAAUAAGUUCAAGGUAAAUCUAGGUUUUAAAGUGUUUUUUUAAAAAAUGAGCAAAUUUGUUUUCUAAUAGCGAUCAUGCCUUCCCGAUGAAGGCUCUACCCUGUGGUAGUUGAUCUUGACUUUUCUUCGCGCCCUUGCCUUUGGCUCGGGACGCAUAACUCCAGUAGCGGUCAACUGCCACACGACAGUGCAUGGAAGAACUGUACAUAGGCACUGGAACACAGUACAGUUGUCUUGCAUUUUUCAACAAGAUUCUCUGAUCCAAUGAGACUAAAAUAGAACUUUUCCCCAAAAAUGGACCAUCAUAUUUUUGGGGUAAAAAGGGGAAAACUUUCAAAGAAGAAAAGCUUGUACCUCCAGUUAAACAUGGAGGCGGUUCGGUCAUGAUAUAGGGGUGUUUUAGCAGUUCAGAGACUGGAGACAUGUAAUUGAAGAUCGAAUGAAUGCAGCCAUGUAUCAAAACAUCCUACAAAGAACAAUGAUAGCAUCUGCUAGUAUUAUUAUUUAUUUCUUAGCAGACACCCUUAUCCAGGGCGACUUACAAUUGUUACAAGAUAUCACGUUAUUUUUACAUACAAUUACCCAUUUAUGCAGUUGGGUUUUUACUGGAGCAAUCUAGGUAAAGUACCUUGCUCAAGGGUACAGCAGCAGUGUCCCCCACCUGGGAUUGAACCCACGACCCUCCAGUCAAGAGUCCAGAGCCCUAACCACUACUCCACACUGCUGCCCAGUAGGCUGAUUGGCAGAUAGUUUGUCUUCCAACAAGACAACGACCCAAAGCGUACCUUCACAAUCACCAGAUCUCAAUCCAAUAGAAAUGCUUUGGAUGAUCUGAAAAAAAGCUGUAGCCAAGCAUAGUAUCUAAUCUAUCUGAGCUAAAAGAAAUAUGUAAGACAGAAUGGACUCAGAUUUCACCAACAAAAUGCAACAUACUAGGGUUAUCAUAAAUAUCUCAAAGCCAUAAUAAAAGCAAAAACAUUCAAUACUAAAGCAGGGGUGCCAAUACAUUUGUCAUGCACAAAUAUUUUAAUGAAAUAAGUUUAUUUGUUUUUUGAUGAAAAUUAUUUGUUAAAUUACUAUAAAUUGUGUAUUUUGCCCUUUGUUAUACAAAAACAUGGUCAAAGGUUACAAAAUGCUUGUCCUUUAUCUGUUAGCUGGAAUUAUAGUAUAAUAAACAUAGGGUGUAAAUACUGUGUGACUCUGCGUGUAUAUAUAUAUACAUUACUUUAGCAUCAGCAGCAUAAGGAUAUUUUAACCUUCAAUCCUCACAUUGGUUCAAGGCAGUUAUACUUAAAAGAAAGGCUCUGUUCAAAUUAAAUAAAACAGAAACCUAGAGCAAUUACUUUUAAAGUUUCAGUCCCCAAAAUGUGAAUACCUGAAUUGACCUGUUGAAAGGAUUUUACUGAAACAUUGCUGUGAUGUGCUUGUCUACAAAAUAAAUCUGUAACAAUAUAGAUUC